AUGGAGAGCAGCAUCUUCGGAGGCAGUACUUGGAAAGAAAGAUGAGGGAAAGGUUGAAUGUUGGUGGGAGACUGGAAGAAUGAAUGGCAGCAGAAGUGUCGUGUCGUCACACGGCUCGCAGUUGCCUGUAUCCAGCAUUUUGGAUGGAACGGAAGGAGCCCAUGGAAAUCAAACGGCCAUCGUUGUCUCUACAAACAGAAGAAAAUACAAGAAAUAUCACUCCAAACGGAGGACUGCUGUUGUAAACGCUUCAACAUGCGGUGCCUGGAAGCAGAUUCGGUGGAAUGACUCCGCCUUACCUUCUCCUCCUACCUUUUUCCAUGUCUCAGCUGGAAACGAGUGUGGCCAGCCCCAUGGACGUCAAAGUCGUGCAAACAGCAGAGCGGAGAAGGUGUUUGUGAGGUCG